CAGUGAGUCAGUGGGGGUGUUUGUUUGAGCUCUCAGUUUUUGGAGUAUUUUGGAACUUUUGACAGCUUUUUAAAAGAUCAAGGAGGAGAAGACUCCGGUGGCGGCAGCUGAACCUCCUCCUCCUCUGAGCGCCGUGCCAGGAGGAUUCCUCAAACAGCUGGUCCGAGAAACCGAGAAGGAGACCAAACACAAGGAGCCCGAGAGCAAGGAGGAGAGGCCGCCCAACAAGCUGAGCGAUAACCUGGUGCAGCAGUUCCUCCUCCCCGAUGAGACCCCUCCCAUCCUGGAGGCUGAGAUGAUGCUUCUGAACAGCAAACAGAACCAGAACCAGACCCAGACCCAGACCCAGACUCAGACCCAGACCCAGACCCAGACCCAGACCCAGAGGGCAGUAUUAUCCCCUGAACCCCCUGGAAAAACCAAGCAGGAAGUCAGACAGGAAGUAGCAGCGCAGCCGGCGAAGCAGCAGGUGGAGAUGAAGCCAGAGAAGAAGAACAUACCGGAGUUGAAGAAGAGGGUAGAGGAGGUGAAGAGGGAGGUGAAGAGGGAUGAGAAGAAAGAGAUGCGUCAGGAGCCGGAGGGGAGGCCGGCUGACAGCACUGUUACCGAGCAGAAGAGGGGGGAGGUGAGGGACGUUUGGUACGAAGCAGGAACCGUGUGGUACGUCCACAAAGAUGGGUACACACUCGCGACUCAGCUGAAGCCGGAUGAAGGGACUCCUGAACUCCCAGAAGGCCGAGUGAGGGUCCGGCUGCAGACAGACGGGUCUCUGCAGGACGUCACCGAGGACGACAUGCAGAAGGUGAACCCGGCGGAGCUGGACCUGUGUGAGGACCUGAGCGACCUGCAGACUGUGAACGAGUCGGCUGUCCUGCACACGCUCAGCUGCAGGGCCAGGAACAACCAGCCGCUCACACACUCCGGACCCAACCUGGUCAACCUGUGGCCCCCCGUACACAGCCACAGCAAGACCCCGAAGUCUCGGAGGGGGGAGUGUGUGUGGGACGCCCCCCCCGCCCUGUCCUCUCUGGUGAAGAGUGUGUACGUGUCCAUGGUGGGAACACGCAGAGACCACAGUGUGUGUGUGUUGGGUCGCAGCGGGACGGGCAAGACGACGGCGAGUCAGAGCUUCACCCUCGCCCUGCUGCGGCAGGCCGGGACCACCGGGGGCAAAAUCACCGUGGAGCGAGUGCAGGCCAUGUUCACGGUGCUCCGCUCGUUCGGCUGCGUGUCGUCCCCUCACAGCGACGCCUCGUCUCGCUUCGCCUCCGUCUUCUCGCUCGACUUCAACCACGCAGGACAGGCGGCGGCGGGACACCUGCAGACCAUGAUGCUGGACAAAUGGAAAGUGUGUCUGCAGACGGAGGGCGAGAGCAACUUCCUGGUCUUCUCCCAGCUGCUGGCCGGAGUCAGCACCGAGAUGAAGACGGAGCUGCAGCUGCACCAGCUCCCCGAGACCAACUCUUUCGGGAUCGUUCAUCCCACCAAGGUGGAGGAGAGACAGCGAGCAUCCGUCUCCUUCUGUAAGCUGCAGGCGGCGAUGGAGACUCUGAGUUUCUCCGGCGCUGAGCAGAAGGCGAUCUGGCACGUUCUGGCUGGGAUAUACCACCUGGGAGCUGCGGGGGCCUGCAAAGUGGGCAGGAGGCAGUUUGUGAACUUCAGCAGUGCUCAGGCAGCCAGCAGCGUGCUGGGCUGCGAGGGGGAGGACCUGCACACCGCCGUGUUCAAACACCACCUCCGACAGCUGCUGCAGAGAGCCACCGGGGGGAGGGAGAGGCCUGCCGAGGGAGACGAGGGUCCCAGACUGACGGCGGCUCAGUGUGUGAACGGGAUGGCAGCAGGACUCUAUGAGGAGCUGUUCACCUGCAUCGUCUCUCUGAUCAACAGGGCUCUCAGUAACCAGCAGCUGACCCUGGCCUCGGUGAUGGUGGUGGAUGCCCCGGGCUUCAGGAACCCCCGUCACGCCGCAGAGGACCGAGCCGCCGGCUGGUCCGAGCUCUGCAGCAACUACCUGCAGGAGAGGCUGCUCGAGCACUACCACACACACACCUUCACACACACCCUGGAGCGGUACAACCAGGAGAAGGUCCCGGUGCAGCUGGAGGGUCCGGAGAACAGUCCGGCUGAGGUGGUGUCCGCUCUGGACCAGCCCCCUCCACAGGUCCGGGCGGCCGACGGAGACCCCAGAGGUUUGUUCUGGGUCCUGGACGAGGAGAUGGUGACUCCAGCCUGCAGCGAGAGCAGCGUCCUGGAGAGGGUCUGCCAGUACUACAGCGGCACCGUGCGUCAGUGUGAGCAGCCGCUGCAGUGUGAGCUGGGUCACCUGAUGGGUUCUGACCCGGUCCGCUAUGACCUCACCGGCUGGAUCGGACUGAUCCAGAACAAUCCGUCCGCUCAGAACGCCCUCUGUGUCCUGCAGAACUCCACCCUAGGGUCAGUGAAGGCCAUGUUCACCCCCAGGGUCUCGCUGCCCCCCCUCUGUCGGGGGAUGGCGGGUCUGGAGGGAUCCAGCCAGCGCUCGCUGCAGCGGAACGGAACCAUCCGGAAGACCUUCAGCGGAGGAAUGGCCGCCAUCCGACGACACUCCCAGAGCAUCGCCGUCAAACUGCAGGCUGAUGCUCUGGUGAACCUGGUCCGCAGGGCGCGCCCGGUCUUCCUGCAGUGUGUGAGCGCUAAGGUGGAUGCUGAAGGAUUUGACGUGCCGGCGCUCCGGGUCCAGCUACACUCCACCCAGAUCCUGUCCGCACUGCAGCUGCACCGCACAGGUUACCCGGAGCACAUGCCUCUGAGUGACUUCAGGUGUCACUUCCAGGCUCUUUCCCCCCCCAUAAUGAAACGCUACGCCUCCAUGUUCGUCAACCACGACGAGAGGAAGGCGGUGGAGGAGCUGCUCUGUGAGCUGGAUCUGGAUAAGAAGAGCAUCGUGGUGGGCUCCAGCAGGGUGUUUAUGAAGCGGGGGGUGCUGCGGUACCUGGAGCAGCAGAGGGAUCAACAGGUGAGCGGCUGGCUGCUCCACCUCCAGGCCGCCUGCAUGGCUCACCUGGCCCGGCAGAAGUACCGCAAACUCAAGGUGCAGCAGAUGGCCAUCAUCUGUCUGCAGAGGAACCUGAGGGCGCUGUGGUUCGUCUCCGAGUGGAGCUGGUGGAAGCUCUUCUGCAGGAUUCGUCCCCAGCUCGACGUCAACAUGGACAACGAGAGGCUGAGGGCCAAAGAGGAUGAAAUCUCGGCUCUGAGACGCCGCCUGCAGAAAUCAGAGAAAGAGAGGAACGAGCUGAGACAAGCUGCAGACAGCCUGGAGACCAAGAUUACUGCCGUGAACUCAGAGCUUAGUGACGAGCGUUUCCGUGGCGACGCGGUGGGUCAGGCCCUGGACGUGGAGCGGGCCGAGAGAGUCCGACUGGGCCGGGAGAACAAGGAGCUGCAGGCUCGUCUGGAGCAGUGCAAAGUGAUCAUGGAGGCGGUGGAGAAGCAGCUGGAGGAGGAGAAGCAGAAGGUUCUGAUCGCUGAGAGCCAGAGAGGAGCCCGGACAGAGAGCGAGCUGUCCAUGCAGCUGGAGGUCAGCCAGACGGAGGUGGAGUUCCUGCGACGGCGUCUGAAGCAGUCGGAGGAGAAGCUGGAGAUGGAGAGACAGAGCCGACAGCAGCUCGACUCCAAGGUAUCUGCGCUGCAGGCCCAGGUGGAUCAGUCCAGGCGGAGUGUGACAGAGCUGAAGCGCCAUGGACGCCGUGUGACCUCUGACCUGCAGGACGCCCGUGUGCUGACCGACAGUCUGCAGGGACGCAUGCACGAGCUGGACCGCAAGCAGAGGAGGUUUGACAGUGAGCUGACUCAGGCUCUGGAGGCGGCGGACUCUGAGCGAGAUCAGAAGGACAAAGCGUUUCUGGAGAACACGGCGUUAGGAGCAGAGAUUUACACACUGCGACAAAACCUGCAGGAGAGUCAGGCCGAGGUGGUCCGGCUGCAGAAGCAAAAGGAGGAGCUGUGCGCUCAGAUCCGGGACCUCAGCCUCCCGGUGGAUCUGGCCUCCGACUCGCUGCCCGACCUGAAGAAGCAGCAGCGCCUCCUGGAGGGGGAGGUCAGCGAGAAGAGGGAGGAGAUCUCCACGCUCUCCGCCAAGAUACAGAAGCAGCAACAGGUCCACAUGCGCUUUGAGAUGGAGAUGGAGAGGAUGAAGCAGAUGCAUCAGAAGGAGUUGGAGGAUAAAGUGGAAGAGUUGGAGGACGUGCACAAGUCCUCUCAGAGACGGCUGAGGCAGUUGGAGAUGCAGUUGGAGCAGGAGUACGAGGAGAAGCAGAUGGUGAUUCAUGAGAAGCACGACUUGGAGGGCCUCAUAGCGACUCUGUGUGACCAGGUGGGCCACAGGGACUUCGACGUGGAGAAGAAGUUGAGGCGGGAUCUGAAGAGGACUCACGCCCUGCUGGCCGACGCUCAGCUGCUCCUCUCCACCGUGGACAACCCGGGCCAGAACUUUCCCAACGGCAGCAGGGAGCACAUAGAGCGGCUGCACUGCCAGCUGGAGGAGAGCGAGGCGGUGCGGCUGGAGGCGGAGAGUCUGCAGACCACGUUAUCUCAGGAGCUGGAGAACUGUCAGAUCGAGCUGGAGAACAUCUGCAAGCAGAAGAGCAUGGUGGAUGAGCAGGUGUCGAUGCUGCAGCAUGAGAAGGUGGACCUGCUGAAGAGGCUGGAGGAAGACCAGGAGGAUCUGAACGAGCUGAUGAAGAAGCACAAAGCUCUGAUCGCUCAGUCCUCCAGCGACAUCUCUCAGAUCAGAGAGCUGCAGGCGGAGCUGGAGGAGGUGAAGAAGGAGAGGCACGUCCUGCAGGAGGAGCUGCAGCAGCGAGUAUCCAGGGUGCAGUUCCUGGAAGCGUCCACUGUGGGGCGCAGCAUCGUCAGCAAACAGGAGGCCAGAGUGUGUGACCUGGAGAACAAACUGGAGUUCCAGAGAGGACAGGUCAAGAGGUUCGAGGUGCUGGUGUUGCGUUUGAGGGACAGCGUGGUGCGUUUAGGGGAGGAGCUGGAGCAGAGCGCCGAGGCCGAGGCUCGGGAGAGAGAGAACGCCCGGUACUACCAGCAGCGUCUGCAGGACAAGAUGGAGACGGAGGAUCUGAUCCAGAGGGAGCAGGACAGCAGCCGGCGGCGCAUGGAGCUGGAGAUGCAGGUGGAGGAGCUGAGCGCCGUCCAACAGGCGCUGCAGGCCGACCUGGAGACGUCGAUCCGGCGCAUCGUGGACCUGCAGGCGGCGCUGGAGGAAGUGGAGUCGAGCGACGACAGCGACUCUGAGAGUGUGAGAACUGCUGUGGAGUCCUUGGGUCAAAGGAAAGACCUUGACUCGGUCUCUAGUAUCGGGACAGAGGACGUGGGAGAGGGGAUUCGACAUUGGUUAGGAGUCCCCAGAGGAGGGUCCCGUGGGGGAGGGUCCCCCUACGGCAGCAGUACCAUCAGCAGCCAAGGGGGGCGCCAGUCUGUGGCGGACACCAUGAGCACCUACAGCUUCAGGUCUUGUGUCGAUCCUGAUGAGGAGGGCUCUGAGGCUGGAGGGGGGGGCAGCAGGGGUCUGAGUCGAGCCCCGUCCUCCUCCGCCCUGUCUGAGCUGCUGGACGGUCUCCGGAAACGCAGAGCAGGCGGCGACGCAGGAGACGGUGCCGGGAGCGCCGUUUCCCUUCCGGUCUAUCAAACAACAGCCGCCUCCACCCUCAGACGACGAGCCUCCGCCCUAUCUCUCGGCCCCGGUGACCUCCAGGAGCCCCGACCCGGCAUCCUCAAACCCCCCUCCCCGCUGCUGCCUCGCGCCACCAGUGCUCGCUCCAUCAGCGACGCUCAAACACCCGGAGCUAAAAUCUCUCGCUUCAACUCCAGUGAUUCCCUCUCGGCGCUCCCGUCACUGCCUCGUCUCUCCUCCUUGGCGUCCAACCUCACCGCCCGCCAUCAACCUCCGUCCCUUUGCAUCCCGGAGGAGGAUCCAGAACAACCCCAGCGCUCCCGGACGACCCCCAUGCAGCGCUCUCCUCAACCCCUGAGGAGGAGCAUGCUGGGGAGUCUUACCACAGAAGACGGAGGUGAAGCAUCUCUGGGUUCAGAGCCAAUGGUGUUCCAGAACAGGCGCCUGAUGGAGGACCGGGAAGACUCGGCGUCCGACAUCCUGCCCGCCAUCCGGAGAGCGCAGUCCACCAGCAGCCUGGCCGGAUCGGUGCGAGGAGGCCGGAGGGCGCUGAGCGUUCACUUCGGAGAGCUGCCUCCCUCCACCCGAAGCAGGAAAGGCUCUGAAACCGACUCCUCCAGCUCGGGGGGGUCGGCAGGGAGUUCACAGGAUGGAGGUCGAAGACGGAUGUUCGACCGGCCGCAGGGGGAGAGGCUGGAGGCCGAGGGCAGCGAGGCGGGAGAUGUGGCUUCGGUCAUGAAGAGAUACCUGAAGAAGGAGACCGACUGAGGCGCUCAGCCUCUCUGUGAGAGCUCCGCAGACUGAAGACACUCAAGGCUGAACCAAAACACUUCAGAAGUCCACAACAGUUUUGUUUUGUGUGACUUUAACAAAGCCUGAAAAUACAUUUGCACUCAGUGAACUGUAUUUGCAGAUAAGAAAGCGUUUGUAUAUGAAUAAAUAACAGAAACUCA